AUGUAUGAAAACAUGUCCACAAUGGUGUAUUUAAAGGAAGACAAGUUGGAGAAGCUCACUCAAGAUGAAAUCAUUGCCAAAACUAAGCAAGUGAUUAAUGGACUAGAGGCACUGAAGAAUGAACACAAUUCAAUUUUACAGAGCUUACUUGAAACACUGAAAUGUUUGAAGAAAGAUGAUGAAACUAAUCUGGUUGAAGAAAAAUCAAACAUGAUUCGGAAGUCACUGGAAAUGCUGGAGCUUGGCCUUAGUGAAGCACAGGUAAUGAUGGCCUUGUCAAAUCACUUAAAUGCAGUGGAAUCAGAGAAGCAGAAAUUGCGUGCUCAGGUUCGCCGGCUAUGCCAGGAAAAUCAGUGGCUACGGGAUGAACUAGCCAAUACACAACAGAAACUACAGAAAAGUGAGCAAUCUGUGGCUCAACUGGAGGAAGAGAAGAAACACCUAGAAUUCAUGAAUCAAUUAAAAAAAUAUGACGAUGAUAUUUCACCAUCAGAGGAUAAAGAUACAGAUUCCACCAAAGAGCCUUUGGAUGAUUUAUUUCCCAAUGAUGAAGAUGACCAAGGACAAGGAAUUCAACAGCAGCAUAGCAGUGCAGCAGCUGCUGCCCAACAAGGUGGCUAUGAAAUUCCAGCAAGAUUAAGGACCCUUCAUAAUCUUGUUAUUCAGUACGCUUCCCAAGGCAGAUAUGAGGUUGCUGUACCUCUCUGUAAACAAGCUCUUGAAGAUCUGGAGAAGACUUCAGGUCAUGAUCAUCCUGAUGUUGCCACUAUGUUGAACAUACUUGCUUUGGUGUACAGAGACCAGAACAAAUACAAAGAUGCAGCAAAUCUCCUGAAUGAUGCCUUGGCUAUCCGUGAAAAGACUUUGGGCAAAGAUCAUCCAGCGGUGGCAGCAACUCUGAACAAUCUUGCAGUACUUUAUGGUAAACGGGGAAAAUACAAAGAAGCUGAACCAUUGUGUAAGCGAGCUCUGGAAAUCAGAGAAAAGGUUCUGGGGAAAGAUCACCCUGAUGUUGCCAAACAAUUAAAUAACUUGGCUUUACUAUGCCAGAACCAGGGUAAAUAUGAAGAGGUUGAAUACUACUAUCAGAGGGCACUGGAGAUUUACCAAACUAAGCUAGGACCAGAUGAUCCAAAUGUUGCAAAAACAAAGAAUAACCUGGCAUCCUGCUAUCUAAAACAGGGCAAAUUUAAGCAAGCGGAAACUUUAUACAAAGAGAUUCUUACUCGUGCUCAUGAACGGGAAUUUGGCUCUGUAGAUGAUGAAAAUAAGCCUAUUUGGAUGCAUGCAGAAGAGAGGGAAGAAUGCAAAGGAAAGCAAAAAGAUGGCACAUCUUUUGGAGAAUAUGGUGGCUGGUACAAAGCUUGCAAAGUUGACAGUCCAACAGUAACAACUACCUUAAAGAACCUUGGGGCACUUUACAGACGACAGGGCAAAUUUGAAGCUGCUGAAACAUUAGAAGAGGCAGCAAUGAGAUCUCGUAAACAGGGUCUUGACAAUGUUCAUAAACAGAGAGUUGCUGAAGUGCUGAAUGACCCUGAGAGCAUAGAAAAAAGGCGAAGCCGAGAAAGCCUCAAUGUUGAUGUGGUAAAGUACGAGAGUGGUCCUGAUGGAGGCGAGGAAGUGAGUAUGAGCGUAGAAUGGAAUGGGGAUGGCACUGGAUCUUUAAAACGCAGUGGUUCCUUUAGCAAACUUCGUGCUUCCAUUAGACGCAGCAGUGAGAAGCUGGUUAGAAAGCUGAAGGGAGGAAGUUCACGAGACAGUGAACCAAAGAAUCCAGGGAACGAAAUAAUUGUCUGACAGACUCGAGAACUCUGAGUGUCAGUCAUACUGAUUUGGCGCAUUGAGAUUCUUGGACAGAAGCUAGCUAAUAUUCCUUGGUGAAUAAAGAAGCACUGAGACCUUCAAAGCUUUGGUUCCUCAUCAUUAUGUAUAGGAACACCUAGUUUAUAGAUUUUAUUGGUUGUUUUUUUUUUCCAAUAGACUGCUGGUUUUACUUUUCUAAAUAGGAGCGAUUUUAAACACAGCAUUAGUGGGUAUUUUCUUCUAAAGGAAAACUAUAUAGAUAUAUAUUGCUCAUUGCACUGCUCCCAUUCAUGCUACUUACAUUGAUUUCUUUACUAGACCUGAAUAUUACAGCAGCCAAAAAAAUGUAAAAAUACAAACAUAUUUAAAGCAUACCAAAAUGCAAAGAUGUUUGAAGGUGCAGGCGAAAUUAAAUGUGUAGCAGUAAAAAUAUACAGUGCUGGAAUGAGAAAAGGACAAAUUUAUGUGCAUUACUGUAUAAAUUCAAAUUGAGCAUACUGUAUUGGUGGGGCUUUCCUUUGCACCACGGAUUAUUGUAAUGUUAGAACCCAUAGCUGGCGAAACAGCACUUAGACACGGCUUACUUAACCACUAGAUUGAGCUAUUAAAUUUUACGGAAGAGAUGGUUGGGGUUACGUUAUGUACAGAUAGCAUGACUAGCAAUACCUGUGACCAUAACUUUGAUACUUGUUGAUAGAAGUCUUAGGGCACAAUAAUUGAUGGAUAUAGGACGGUUUGCGUUGAUCAGGA